AUGCUUCUCCAAACAUUCUUCACAGCCCUUGUCGCCGCUACUGCCGGCCUCGCUGCUCCACUUGAGCCUCGAGCAAAUGACUUCUUCACUCCAUCUGCGCUCUGGACAUACAACGUUGCCAACGGCGCCAUCUCCUCUACCUCUGAAGGACGCGUUACCAAACACCCUAGCAACGGCGGUAACGACAAUACUGCCCUCUUUACAUUCACGUACCCUGAGUUUGCGAGAAACAAGAAAUGCCGCUUCGCAUUCUAUCUCGCCAAUGGCGAAAAUGUUAUUGGUAGUGGCAAGUUGGACUUGUUUUCCAGCCUCAAACCGGCCCCCGGCCCACGAGCAGGUUGGGGCCCUGGAAACCAGCGCAAUGUGCAUUUGGGACGUUUGGAUGUCAAGAAGGGAGAUUUCGCGACAUGGGAUGCUACUUAUGGGACGUACAUGACAAGCAAGACCAACUGUGAGAAGCCGGGAACAAAGGUCGGACUCGAGCUUGUUGGGGUUUACGAUACCGAUGCUGUGUACUGGAACCCUUCCAAGUCUGGACCGCGCAUUAUUUAG